CGGGAGGCGUGCAGGGAAGCGCGGCCACGCCUGGGCCGGCCACCAUUUCCCGGGCGCCGCGGCGGCGCCGACUCGCGGGCAGCGGCCCCAUCGUGCGCCCAGCCGGGCCCCCAGCGCCAGGAGCAUGAGCGCGGGCUCGGAGCGCGCGGCGGCGGCGGCGGCCCCCGGGGGGCUGCCCGCGCCCUGCGCCUCGAAGGUGGAGCUGCGGCUGAGCUGCCGGCACCUGCUGGACCGGGACCCGCUCACCAAGUCCGACCCCAGCGUGGUGCUGCUGCAGCAGGCGCAGGGCCAGUGGGUGCAGGUGGACAGAACCGAGGUGGUCCGGAGCAGCCUGCACCCUGUGUUCUCCAAGGUCUUCACGGUUGACUACUAUUUUGAGGAGGUGCAGAAGCUGCGCUUUGAGGUGUACGACACGCACGGGGGGCCCGGCGGCCUCAGCUGUCAGGAGGACGACUUCCUGGGUGGCAUGGAGUGCACCCUGGGGCAGAUUGUGGCCCAGAAGAAAGUGACCCGCCCGCUGCUGCUCAAGUUUGGCAGGAACGCCGGCAAAUCCACCAUCACGGUGAUCGCUGAGGACAUCUCAGGGAACAACGGCUACGUGGAGCUGUCCUUCCGGGCCAGGAAGCUGGACGACAAGGACCUCUUCAGCAAGUCCGACCCCUUCCUGGAGCUGUACCGGGUCAACGAUGACCAGGGCUUGCAGCUGGUGUACAGGACAGAGGUGGUGAAGAACAACCUGAGCCCCGUGUGGGAGCCCUUCAAGGUGUCGCUGAGCUCCCUCUGCAGCUGCGAGGAGACGCGGCCUCUGAAGUGCCUGGUCUGGGAUUACGACUCCCGAGGAAAGCAUGACUUCAUUGGAGAAUUCUCCACCACCUUCGAGGAGAUGCAGAAGGCCUCCGGGGAGGGUCAGGCCCAGUGGGACUGUGUGAACCCCAAGUACAAGCAGAAGAGACGAAACUAUAAGAACUCGGGAGUGGUCGUCCUGGCUGACCUGAAGUUCCACAGGGUCUACUCCUUCCUGGACUACAUCAUGGGCGGCUGCCAGAUCCACUUCACCGUGGCCAUCGACUUCACCGCCUCCAACGGGGACCCGCGAAACAGCUGCUCGCUGCACUACAUCAACCCUUACCAGCCCAACGAGUACCUGAAGGCCCUGGUGUGUGUGGGCGAGGUCUGCCAGGACUACGACAGCGACAAGAGGUUUUCUGCCUUGGGGUUUGGAGCCCGGAUUCCUCCCAAGUAUGAGGUGUCCCAUGACUUUGCCAUCAAUUUCAAUCCUGAGGACGACGAGUGUGAAGGCAUCCAGGGUGUCGUGGAGGCCUACCAGAACUGCCUGCCCAGGGUCCAGCUCUACGGCCCCACCAACGUGGCGCCCAUCAUCUCCAAGGUGGCACGUGUGGCGGCGGCCGAGGAGCGCACCGCUGAAGCUUCUCAAUACUACAUCCUGCUGAUCCUGACGGACGGUGUGGUGACCGACAUGGCCGACACACGGGAGGCCAUCGUGCGCGCUUCACGCCUGCCCAUGUCCAUCAUCAUCGUGGGCGUGGGCAACGCCGACUUCACCGACAUGCAGGUCCUGGACGGUGAUGACGGCGUCCUGCGCUCCCCCCGGGGUGAGCCUGCGCUCCGAGACAUAGUGCAGUUUGUGCCCUUCCGGGAGCUCAAGAACGCGUCCCCAGCGGCGCUGGCCAAGUGCGUGCUGGCUGAGGUGCCGAAGCAGGUGGUGGAGUACUACAGCCACAGAGGCCUGCCCCCGAGAGGCCUGGGCCCCCCUGCCCCAGAGGCCAGCCCACGCUGCACCCCAUGAAGACAUGGAGGGGGUGGGGAGGGUCAGGGAAGGUGGGGCUGUAGAGCUUCCAUCUCCAGCACCUUUGGAGGUCCCUUAAGCUCCCUCUGACCUCCCCAAAGCCGCCAGGCCCCACCAGGUCUGGGGACCCCAAGGCUGAAGGAUGACAAAAUAUAGGCCCCCAUGCCUGGCCCUGCCUGAGCCAGGUGGGUGCAGGGAGGGAGAUUGUGAGGGACUUGCAGGGCCUGGGAGCUCAUCCAGGGAGACCCUACCCCAGUGAGAAGGGGCACGGGCUGGGGGCUCUGCUUUGCAUCUGAUCUUUGCGGGGGAGGGCCAGCAAGGCAGCACCCCAGCCCCCGAGAAAGCCCGGGGCACCCGGACACCCUGUCCCCACAGUCAGCUUCCUUCUGUCCCUGCUGGUGCCCCUGACCCGCCCUGUGCUUUUUGCCAUCUGGCCUCUGUGCUCAGGCCUGUGGGGUCUGCCUGUGUGGCUUCAGGAUUAAUAAAAUGUCACCC